CUCGCCCCGGCGCGGAUUUUCGAGCGUUUCGGCAUCCGGAAUUUUCAURUGUAUGAAGAUCAGAAUCGUCUCAACCGUUCUUCGUUUUACCAUCUCAUGUGUUCAGCGCGGCACGAAUCUGAAAGCUGGAGAAGCUUUUGUUACAAAUAACAAUCGUUGCCUGCCGCAUCGACAUUUACCAAGAAAACAAAACAUUAUAACUCAAGUUCAUCGCACCAUGCCUCUCCUCACUGCUACUGUUGUCAAGGAAGAAACGAGCUCAAAGCUUGGAAUCGCUUUCGAGCGCCUCGCUGAGGAUAAGGCCAUGACCAUCAAAUUGAUCCGAGAUGAUAGUCUUUUUGCCGGAAGCGAUUUAUGCGAGGGCUUGAUUGUUGCCAGCGCUGUCGGUAAGGACAUGGAGGGUAUGUCUCCUAAGGACUGCGCUGAUGCCUUGCGAGAAGCCCCUGGAGGUGAGGAAAUCUCUUUGGUUUGCAAGGGAAGUAAGGCCACCAUCAAAAAGGAAAAGAAAAAGCUUCUGAAGAAGGAACCCAAGAUUGGKAUUUCCUUCAAGAGCACCACCAGUGCUCCAGGAAAGAUCUUCAUUUCUAACAUUAAGGAAGACAGCAAGUUCGCUGGAACUGAUUUGACUGUUGGACACCAAGUCCUCACCAUCAACGGACAGAAGUGUCCUGGCCGAGUGACCGAGGCUGUUGAAAUGUUGACCAAGAAGGGUGUUUCGGAGAUCACUCUUGUCACCAUCGACCCCGAAGACGAAAUUGUUGUUCCCAAGGUCAAGGAAGAGCCUGUCGAAGAAGUUGUUGAAGAGAAGAAGGAAGACACAGAAGCGGCUGCCGCCGAAGAGCCAAAAGAAGCUGAAGAAGACUUGACACCCGAGGGCAACAAGACCAUCCUCGACACUAUGUUCGGUGUAUGCAUGUGCUAAACGCCAAGCGCAUAUUCUGGCUAUCUAUCAACCAACAAAAGUAGUACUCGAAGCAAUGCCUAUUCAUGGGUUCGACGAAGACUGUGGUGACACAUCCAAUACUGGGGUGCCCGGUAUGACCCUUGUUUUGAGAUGUCAGGGACAUGCUUUUCCAGUGCCCGGCACACAGUGCUAUUGGARCACUUGCGUGUGCCUAUUAUGUUGAGACAUAUACGUGUUAAUAUUAAAAAAUAAAAGUAAAAUUCUACUUUGCCA